GCAACACCGGCCCAGCCCCCACCCCCACCCCGCGCAGCGCCUCUGCCGCGGGCCUGCAGGGGGCCGGGCGUCCGCGCGAGCACCCGCCCUUGCCCCCGCCGGGACGUUGCUGACCCCGUGGCAAGGGGGGAGGAGUGAGGGACUCCCCUGGCUGUGACGUGUGUUGCCAUGGUGACGCCCGGGCAGCGUCUCACUCCGUGUGGAGCGGCCGGGGGACGACAACAAACAUGGCGGAGAGGAGCAAGACGGCAGAGCCGGGUAAUAAAGUGGAGGAAUUGCCAGGCUGUUAGGGAAACUACACAGUCAUAGCCAGUGGGGAAAAAUUGGGUCAGUUGCUUGUGGAGCUUCAGUGCUGCUAUUAGGUAGUGACUUAGGAAGUGAUGAUAUCAUAGCAGGGAAUGUAAGCAAAUAUGCCGUUCUCCCAGCUGGUUACUAUGGACAGCCUAAAAAAGGACAUCUUAUAUUUGAUGCCUGUUUUGAAAGUGAAUUAGGGAGAAGAUAUGAGAAGUCUUUCCAGAACAGAUCAAACUAUCAAUCCACAGCUGGUCCAGUGGAUUAUCAGCACUGUGAUGUUCUACCAUGUUCAUCCUUCACCUAUCUGGGCCAAUAAAGGUAACCUUGGACGUGUGGAUCACAUCACAGAGUUUGAGUAUGACCUGUUCAUUAGGCCGGAUACCUGUAACCCACGCUUUCGAGUUUGGUUCAACUUCACUGUUGAAAAUGUGAAAGAGUCACAGAGGGUAAUUUUCAACAUUGUCAACUUCAGUAAAACAAAGAGCCUCUAUCGUGAUGGAAUGACUCCUAUGGUGAAAUCCACAAGCAGACCAAAAUGGCAAAGGCUGCCACCUAAAAAUGUAUAUUACUAUCGCUGUCCAGACCACAGAAAGAACUAUGUGAUGUCAUUUGCUUUCUGCUUUGACCGGGAGGAUGACAUUUUCCAAUUUGCCUAUUGCUAUCCGUACACAUAUACUCGGCUCCGACACUAUCUCGACAACUUACAAAGGAGGAACAUGGACUACUUUUACAGAGAAUUGCUGGGACUCAGUGUGCAACAACGGCAACUUGACCUGCUGACUAUAACCAACCCUGUAAACCUGCGGUCUGGAGCUGAGCAGAAAGUGGUGUUCAUCACUGCCCGUGUCCACCCUGGAGAAACUCCCUCUUCCUUUGUAUGCCAAGGUAUAAUUGACUUCCUCGUGAGCCAACAUCCCAUAGCCAAAGUACUGCGAGAUCACUUGGUCUUCAAGAUAGCACCAAUGCUUAAUCCUGAUGGGGUAUAUCUAGGAAACUACAGGUGCUCCUUGAUGGGGUUUGAUUUAAACCGGCACUGGGUGGAUCCGUCUCCCUGGGCUCAUCCCACGCUGCAUGGAGUAAAACAGCUCAUCGUUCAGAUGUACAACAAUCCGAAAAUUAGCCUGGAGUUCUAUAUUGACAUCCACGCCCACUCCACCAUGAUGAAUGGCUUCAUGUAUGGGAACAUCUUUGAAGAGGAAGAAAGAUUUCAGAGACAAGCUAUUUUCCCGAAGCUACUCUGUCAGAAUGCUGAAGAUUUCUCCUUUUCUAGCACGUCCUUCAACCGUGAUGCUGUGAAGGCAGGGACAGGACGACGCUUCCUUGGCGGCUUAUUGGACCAUUCUUCUUAUUGCUAUACUCUGGAAGUCUCGUUCUACAGCUACAUCCUUGGAGGAACUACUUCUACUGUCCCCUAUACAGAAGAAGCCUAUAUGAAGUUAGGGAGAAAUGUGGCCAGAACAUUCUUGGAUUACUACCGGCUAAACACCAUAUCAGAGAGACCACUGGCACCUAUCCCCAACACACGGACUCCGGCCUCAUUCAGUGCACAAGAUAGACCUGUUCUGGGGAUGAAUCAGGGUUGUGUGGUCUGUAGGACCCCUGCACCAUUUGUUGCAGAACUUGGAAGGAAAGAAAAAAUGCCCCCCUUCAAAUGUGCCACCCGGCGGGGCCCGGGGAAUAGCCACGCAGGCCGCAAGCUAGAGAAGAGAAGCCAGACGAAUCCUACGGAGCACUCCCACUCGUCAUAAGGACAUUGAGAAGCAGGCACUGCGGAAGUGGAGUCUGAUCAGCCCCUUGUGGGGUUGAAAUUGGUCUUUCUUUUCCCCCCAGAUAAGUAAAAUAACAAAUAGUCAGGGCUGGGGUGGGGUGGCGGUGAAAUCAGCUAGAAAUGUUACUCUUGUUUUCUUUUUACCAAUGGUCAAUCAGUUCCAGGCCUUUUGGCGCAGCUCUGAAAAACGUGAACAGAUUGAUUCACAAAAAUCAUUAACUGUAGCUGAACAGCCGUUAGUUACAAAGCGGGGAGGAGGGACCCCCAAACCUCUCCCCCUCUGUCUUUAAAGGAGUCAUUGAUUCGCUGAGCAAACAAUUCAAAGCCCCCCAUCACCCAGGGCAAUGUCUACCCCGUUAGUGUAAAAUUCAGAAGGCUUUGUGCAAGUCUCGUGUGCUAUUGCAGUUACCGUGGGCUGUCGUGUAUAGAAAUAGCCCAAGGGGGGGGUAGGCAGGCAUGCUCCUGUGUACCCCGCUUUGUGCCAUCCUUCAUUUCCUGGCACACAUUUUUGCUCUUCCAUCAGAUCUUGUCAUGAGAGACUCCUGUAGCGCUGUUAAUUGAGAGAGACGCAGGCACACGGAUGUGUGUGUGAUGGUUCUCGCUCACAGAGCAUGAGCUGAGUUGGGAUGGGGGAGGAUGUGUGGUACCCAGGUAGGACCCUUGGGUGUCAUUAUUGUGCCUGCAGAAGCCAGUUCCUGGCAUUACGCUCACCAGCAGCCCAGGCUAGCCCCGUAGAAGAGGCAUCGUCUGUGUUCCCCAAGCAGCUGCUGGGUAUGUACGGGAAUACGCCCAGACCUGCCCCCAGUGCAAUACAAACUGUUGGCAGCAUUGAUUGGCCUCCCCCUCUUGGUUGCUUCAUGAUGGGGGUGAGGGGCAAAGCACAGAGGGACCCCCUGACUCUUCUUCCCCCCACCUCCACAAGCUAGUCUGGCCCAUCGUAUCUACGCACAUUGAAACUUGUGCUAAAAGCCAUCCCCAGCGGGCAGCCUCCUCCCCAGGCCUCAUGUGACUGACCUGACGUGUCCCUCUGCUUUUCAGGGAAAGCGAGUUGAAACUCUAGGCAAAAACCUGCUCACUGUUCCCUUCUGUGAUCACCUUCUGCAGGUUCUAUGGGGUUAUGAAACCAGAUGUUAGUGAUGGGGCUCGACCGCUCCAUUCCCGAAGUUUAGCUCUGGAUCUUAGGGCCAGAUUCUCAGCUGUUGAUCCCUGAUCCUGGGCUGGCCAUGGUGCUGAAAAGGCCCUAGGCAAAAUUGAAAGCAGCUUUAGUUUGUUACACUGGCUGCAGUUGUCUCACAUGGACUGCUGCGCUAGCUGGGCAGCUGGUAAAAGCGCUGGGCACUCCACCCCCCUCUGAAUAUCCUCAUCCUGCCCCCAGCGUGCCCCUGUCUGGUGAGUGUACGUGGCUCUAUGGGGUAUGAGGCUUCCCCUCUCAUAGGAGGAUGCUUGGCUGGCCCAUGCUUUCCACUUGCACUGACAAGGAAGCCCAGGGCAGAAGAUACGGCUUCGAGUUCUGCAGCUCGGGUACAGGUCUCACCCACAGCUAUCUGGUGAUGUUUGAAUAUACAGCCAAACCUACAGCCUGUGCAUCAGUUGUAUCCUCCCCCCGCCCCACACACAGCCUCAUGGUGGGUAUAAAUGAGGGCAGAAUAUGGCCCUGUUUGGAUCUGAAAAAGAAGCAAGUCCCAAGAAAGCGACAAAACUGUAAAUGCACAGAUGUUGUCAAAUACAAUCCAUCAACCUGAUUUUUUUUUUAAUUUCUGAGAAGGAGAGAGAUGGGAGAAUAGGAAACAGGUUGAGAACAAGAAAUAAGAUGACCCACGGGAAGGAAAAUGAUAAAAACAAACUCAAUAUUGUCAGCAUUUCAAGGUUACAGGGUUAAACUGUGUGCAUUUUUAAGGAGGGUAAAAUGCCUUAAUAUGAUGAAUACCAAUGUAUCUAAAAGGCACAGUGCUGCUUUCCUGGCUCUAUAAGCAGAGUAAUGAAUAGUGGGUGACAGCAUGAUAAUUAAAAUGACCUCUUGGAGAUAUGGAUUAGAAGGCACGCAGAGCGGGGAUAACUUGUCCUUUGAAUUAAUCUAGUGUUAAUUUAUUACUAUAGUUGGAUUUUAUAAGGUUUUAGUGGAAGACUUUCAAAGUUGGUUUACUUGGAGGGGAAAAAAUGUUCCCUUUGCAUGUUGAUUGAAACAAAACACUCACAGAAUUCCUUGGUGUUUCUUUCUGAAUGGCUCCAUGUAUCUAGGAUUUCAAGAUAUUCGUUGGAGAAUCUACUCUGGAAAGAAUGAAUAAAGUGAU